AACGAUCAGCGCAUCCGCCAACGCGGAGUGAGCGGUUAGCUUGUUUAGCCAAAACGUUCUGAACUUGAACACCCUCAAGAAUGACAGUUUGCAACAUUUAACUGUAAAGGAAUAUACUUAAGCAACAAAGUAUUAUACCUAAAGAAUUUAACCACAUAUAUUAUCGACUAAAGCCUCCCUUUCUUACGCUGCGCCGGUUCUAGUUAGCAUUAGCAGCUAACAACACUGUGAAGAAAGCGUUUAUUUUUAUGUAUAUGCACGAUCUGACGUGUUUUUCCGCGAAACUUUUUAUUUUGAUGUUAUAUUUUAAUCUACUUUUUAGCCCAGCCCUUAAAUUUGCAUGAGACAGAGAGGGCUAUUUAAGCGCAAACGAGCUUAUUAGCUGAAGUAACUGAGCCUGGGUCAGUUCACAACACCAGGAUGUCUGAUUUUGAUGAAUUUGAGAGACAGCUGUCCGAAAACAAACAAGGUGACAGUCUAAAUGGUCAUGAGCGGGACAAAGAGAACCGGCACCGGCGGCGCAGCCCGUCACGCAGCCGCAGUAGGGAGAGGAAGAGGAGGAGCAGGGAGAGGAGAAGCAGGGAACGCCGCAGCGACAGCAAGGACCGCCGACACAGACGCAGUGAACAGCACCAACCCCAAGAAAAUGUCAGCCGUUCACCUCACCGUGAGAAAAAGAAGAAAAUUAAAAAGUACUGGGAUGUGCCGCCUCCAGGCUUUGAGCAUAUUACACCCAUGCAGUACAAGGCCAUGCAGGCUGCUGGUCAAAUCCCUGCUACCGCUUUGCUGCCCACCAUGACGCCUGAUGGUCUCGCAGUGACGCCAACCCCGGUGCCCGUAGUGGGCAGUCAGAUGACUCGCCAGGCUCGCAGACUUUACGUUGGCAACAUCCCAUUUGGCAUCACAGAGGAAUCCAUGAUGGACUUCUUUAAUGCUCAAAUGAGGCUUGGUGGUCUGACUCAGGCUCCAGGAAACCCCAUCCUCGCUGUCCAGAUUAACCAAGACAAGAACUUUGCUUUUCUUGAGUUCCGAUCAGUGGAUGAGACAACACAAGCCAUGGCGUUUGAUGGCAUCAUCUUCCAGGGGCAGAGUUUAAAGAUUCGCCGACCGCACGACUAUCAACCUUUACCUGGCAUGAGUGAGAACCCCAGUGUAUAUGUGCCAGGUGUGGUGUCCACCGUUGUACCAGAUUCUAUUCACAAGCUUUUCAUUGGAGGUUUGCCAAACUAUCUGAACGACGACCAGGUUAAAGAGUUGUUAACCUCUUUUGGACCUCUAAAAGCCUUCAAUUUGGUGAAGGAUACAGCAACAGGCCUCUCAAAGGGCUAUGCCUUCUGUGAAUAUGUGGAUGUUAACAUCAACGAUCAGGCAAUUGCAGGACUGAACGGUAUGCAGUUGGCAGAUAAGAAGCUGCUGGUUCAGAGGGCAAGUGUAGGGGCCAAGAACGCCACAAUGACAAGCAUAAACGAGACUCCGGUGACGUUGCAAGUGCCAGGAAUGAUGAGCAACACCAUGAUGCAGAUGGGCGGUAUCCCCACUGAAGUCCUGUGUCUGAUGAACAUGGUGGCUCCAGAGGAGCUGCUGGAUGAUGAGGAGUAUGAGGAGAUUGUGGAGGACGUCAGGGAGGAGUGUUCCAAAUACGGCCAGGUCAAGAGCAUUGAGAUUCCUCGGCCUGUCGACGGCCUGGAGGUCCCUGGAACCGGCAAGAUCUUUGUGGAGUUCCAGUCUGUGUUUGACUCCCAGAAAGCCAUGCAGGGCUUGACAGGAAGAAAGUUUGCAAACAGGGUGGUGGUGACAAAGUACUGCGAUCCAGAUGCCUACCACCGCCGAGACUUCUGGUAGAAGCGGGGGAAGAGAGCAAGAGAAAUGGGAUGGAAAAACAUCUAUGUAAUCGUAAACUAGGCAGAGAUGAUGAAAGGGGGAACAUUUUUGUACUCUUUAAAAGCCAAAAGCUGAAUGUUCUUUUAUUCUUUCUUUUGUUGAGGGUUAAACUAAAAGCUGAUUUGUGAGCAAUUAUGGGAGGGUUUUUGCUUUUGUUUGUAUUUUAAGGAUAUUAGCGGGAGAUAGCUUAUUAUGUUAAUAAAAUUGUUACUAUUUUUUAAUUGUAUACUGAAACAAAAGAUGAUGUAAAAUUGUGACUGCUGCCCAACAGAGAAGACGAACAUAAGUUACCCAAGCAAAAGAGUCCUGCAGAGUGCGAAAAGUUCCAAAAGUAAUCAGACAGAUAAUUCAAAUGAAGAUGUCAUCAUUUGGUCCCUCACUAAGUUUUUAUCCCUUUUUAUUGCUCGUUUGAAUUGUAACCCACAGAUUCUUUUUGGCAGUCAUUUGUCUUCUCUGGUGGCCAGUUCACCACGUCUCCCUCCCAUUUUGUAGCUUUUUGCAGUUCAUAUGUAUUAGACUGUCCCGGAUCUUGUUUUUGGUUUAAAGUUGUUGGUUUUGUCCACUUAUUUGGUCUCUUCCAUACAUAUCACCUACUCAUUAGAUGGUGAUGAUGUUUGUCCAGUGUGGCACCUUUUCUGUGUGUGAAUUUCAGUAUAAUAGGCCACUUUUGAUAAUAAAACUAUUGGAAGUAUGAUCAGUUCUGUCUGAUUUUCAGUGGCUUCUGAUACACCAUAACAUUGCAUGGAAUAUGUAGCAUUUUUUUAUGCGAUUUGUUUUGUGGUAUACUCCUUUAAACUAGACCAGUACAUCAGGCUGCUCACUUUUGCAAAGACAGGGCUGAAUAUACAUGAUUUUCCCCUCUAUAACACUGUACAUACUGACCACUGUCAUCUUCCUGUCUUUUAUGCUGCAUAUUGUUUUUUAAAUAUUCCAGCACAACUAUCAGGCGUGUACAUCUGUUGAUUUAUUAAGAAGCUAUAUAAACAUCUAAGGAUCAUCUUUAGUGCAGUUGAUAAAAAUAAAACACUGGCAUGCCACAAGUGUCUAUAAUCA